AUGGUUCAUGAUAAUGGUGUUCACAAUUAUCUUGAUCCAAAGGAUGCUACGCAACAUUUAGCGGAACAUAAUAAAGCUGAUGGUUUAUCCGUUGAAGAAGUUAUAGACUCGCGUGCCAAUGGAGGUUUAACUUAUAAUGACUUUCUUAUUUUACCUGGAUAUAUUGAUUUUCCUGCUUCUGAAGUAUCUUUGGAGACCAGAAUCACAAAAAACAUCGCAAUAAAGACCCCUUUCAUUAGCUCGCCUAUGGAUACAGUGACAGAAACCGAUAUGGCUAUAAACAUGGCUUUGUUGGGAGGCGUUGGUAUCAUCCAUAACAAUUGUUCACCGGAUGAACAAGCUGAGAUGGUUAGGAAGGUGAAAAAAUUCGAAAAUGGAUUUAUCACAGAUCCUGUAUGCUUAACUCCUAACCAUACCGUAAAAGAUGUGCACAGGAUCAAAGCUCAAUUCGGUUAUAGUGGCAUUCCAAUUACUGCAAACGGAAAACUCUACAGUAUACUUCUUGGUAUCGUUACUGCUCGCGAUAUUCAAUUCCAUGAAGAUCACACCACAUUACUUAAAGAUGUUAUGACGACCGAUCUUGUGAUAGCCCAUGAAGGCGUUACUCUCGAAGAAGCUAAUAAAAUACUUAAAACUAGUAAACGUGGAAAGUUACCGAUUGUCAAUUCUCGUGGCGAAUUGGUUGCAUUACUGGCGAGAUCUGAUUUACUUAAAAAUUUAAAUUUUCCACUGGCUUCAAAAUCUCCUCAUUCGAAGCAAUUGAUUUGUGGUGCAGCCAUCGGAACUCGGACUGAAGAUAAAGCAAGACUUCGAAAGUUAGUUGAUGCUGGAUUAGAUAUUGUAGUAUUGGACUCUAGUCAAGGAAAUUCAUCUUACCAAGUUGAAAUGAUACAGUACAUCAAAAAAACAUACGGUGACACGCUUGAUGUUAUCGCUGGUAAUAUCGUCACCCAGGAGCAGGCGGCUCGUUUGAUUGAAGCCGGUGCUGACGCGUUGCGUGUUGGUAUGGGUAGCGGUAGCAUAUGUAUCACACAAGAAGGUCGUCCUCAAGGAACAGCCGUUUACAUGGUCUCUCAAUUUGCCAAAAAAUUCGGUAUUCCAGUAAUUGCCGAUGGAGGAAUUCAAAAUAUUGGUCAUAUUACGAAAGCUUUAGCUCUUGGAGCUUCUACUGUAAUGAUGGGUGGAUUACUUGCUGGUACCGCUGAAUCUCCUGGUGAAUAUUUUUAUCAUGAAGGUCAGAGAUUAAAAAAAUAUCGUGGCAUGGGCUCAUUGGAUGCAAUGGAACGAAAUUUUUGCGCUACAAAUUCGAGUAGUAAUCCUGCUGCAAAUAGAUAUUUUUCUGAUAGAGACGUUAUUAAAGUUGCACAAGGUGUUGCUGGUGCUGUUGUUGAUAAAGGUAGUAUUAGAAAAUUUGUUCCCUAUUUAAUGACCGGAUUACAACACGCAUUACAAGAUAUUGGAGUUAGAAGUUUAGAUCAGUUAAAUGAAAAUGUUGAAUCUGGUAAAGUGAGGUUUGAAUUGAGAACUGCUGCUGCUCAAGUCGAAGGUGGCGUACAUGGUUUAUAUUCGUGA